CAAGUUCUUACAAGUUACAACCCCGACCUGCGCUCACGGCGUUCCCGUCGUGCGCUAACCGGACGGCCAUUGUUUUCCCGGCGUGCGCUGUGACUAUCUCUCUUCGUCCUUCGAUAUUAUUAUCGCUUCGUUGUCCUAUUGUUCUCUCCGCUUCCAUUAAAAGUUGAGUACACCUCAACCCUUUAUCCUUCUCUCUUGCCGCGAAUCCUCUAUUCAAACCUCUAGAGUCCUGGCAUAAUUAUAUUCUGUAAAAGGUGCUCCAUUUUUUCGAGUGGCUUUCUCUCUUUGAGCUUCCAGUUGAAGCAUGGGAUUAGGGCAUCCCUGUUUGCUUUCCGAUCCAUUGUAUUGAUGCAUCUCGCGCGAGUUGGAGCAUUUGUCUUUGAAGAAUUCUCUUCCAAGUUCAUUGUUUAGGGUUUUUGUUAUCGAUAUGUCUGAUACUUCGAGGAGUCUAGUUACCAUUACACUUGGGCGUAGUGGUCAGGUUGUCAAGAGGGACCACUCUACGGCGGAUGUUUCUUUCCCUUCCUUUCCCCCAGUUGGCACGAAAAGGUCUGUGAGAGAUAGACUUGGCAAUGAUGCAGAGAGUUCCUUUUGGAAUGGAAAUGAACUCAGCAAUUAUAAACGACAGCGGGGAGAUAUAAGCUUGCAAAAUGGGUUCAAUGGUGAUGGGCGAAUUGGCAAAGAUGACCUUCGUUUGAAGCUUAUGCGAAAAAAUGCAUCUCGAUUGGCUGAGAGCAAUGGUGGUAAGAGGCAUAUGGACCUUCGUGAAAAAUUGUCAAAGGCAGCUCAACCUGCUGCAGUCAAUAUUAAUUCAAAGCAGAACUUGCCUGAACCAAGGGAAACAAGCAUGUUGGGCCGAAUCCCCUCUUCUAGAAGUUCUGGUGACUUAGCACGUAUGGAAUCAGUGAGAAGUUCAUAUUCACCUUGGACAUUGGAUCAUAUUAGGAGAAGAUCACCUGAUGGGUUUUUAAGCACUUCCAGGGGAAUUUCCCCUCAAAGAAACAUGGAAGACCUGCAGAGAAGGCCUUCAAACAAGAAAUAUGAUAAUAUCAGGUCAGCCCCAUAUGUAAACAGGGAUGCUGUUGAGACUUCAAGACCUCCGAGCACUGCACCAUCUUUUGUUGCACAUCCCACAGCAUCCACAUUACCUCUAGCAACUGCUAAGCCUGUAGCACCUCAUCAAGGGCAACUUCCGGCACCACGGACUCCAUAUGUGGGCAAUGAACAGAAGACACCCCAAACUGUUGAUGGCCUGUUGCAUGCAUUGGGACUGGGAAAAUAUGCCAUUCUUUUUAAAGCUGAGGAAGUGGAUAUGACUGCACUAAAGCAGAUGAGAGAAAAUGACCUUAAAGAGAUUGGGAUUCCCAUGGGUCCGCGGAAAAAAAUUCUGCUUGCUCUCUUGCCUCGUGCCAAACGUCAACCAUGACAUCUAUCCUGCAUGAUGUAGAGGCUGAUGCAUGUUGGGAUCACCAGGUUUUUAUGGGUGACGAACACACAUUUCUGAGAAUCACCACUUGAGAAUAGCGUGCCUUGACCUCUUGUGGGGUUGAGCUCCAAUGUAUCCACUUGCUCAUUUUUUGCAUUCAAGAACGCUAUUUUUAGGUUUCAAUGAGAAGUAUUUAUGUGUAAAGGAUUCUCUUUCUUGUAUUUCUAUGGGAGUAUGAAAUGGAUUUAUUUAAAAUGUCCUGAACAGAAGUUGAUGUUUGUGUAACUUUUUGUCUGAAGAUAGUGCUUGGCAUUCAGCAAGAUUUUGUUGUGUCAGCAAAACACAUUGAAUA